AGAAUUCCGAGAAGAAAAUAACCCGGAACAACCUGUGCGGGCCUGAGCCUGCUCUCUUUUGGAGCUGGGGUCCCCUCCCACCCAUCAGGAGAGCUCCACCCCCGCACUCCCCGCCAGCGCCGGGGUAUCAGGUGACCUCAGGCCGGCGCAGUCACGUGACUAGGCGCGCCCGCCCGUUGUGGCCAUGGCGGCCUUAGGCUCCGGUGUGGUGAGGCGAGUGGAGGAGCUCGGGGACCUGGCUCAGGCCCACAUACAACAACUUAGCGAAGCCGCCGGCGAAGAUGAUCACUUUUUAAUUCGGGCCUCUGCAGCUCUAGAAAAAUUGAAACUUCUGUGUGGAGAAGACAAAGAAUGUUCAAAUCCAUCAAAUCUUCUUGAACUUUACACACAGGCUAUUUUGGACAUGACAUAUUUUGAGGAGAACAAGCUAGUAGAUGAAGAUUUUCCUGAAGAUUCUUCACAAAAAGUAAAAGAGUUGAUCAGUUUUCUUUCAGAACCAGAAAUUUUGGUUAAAGAAAAUAAUAUGCAUCCAAAACACUGCGAUUUGCUUGGGGAUGAACUCCUGGAAUGUCUCUCUUGGAGACGAGGAGCCCUACUCUACAUGUAUUGUCAUUCUCUGACCAAAAGGAGAGAAUGGCUCACAAGAAAAUCUAGCUUGCUUAAAAAGUACCUUGUUGAUGGAAUCAGUUAUUUGCUACAGAUGCUGAAUUUUCGGUGUCCCAUCCAGUUAAAUGAAGGAGUUUCUUUCCAAGACCUAGACACAGCUAAAUUACUGAGCGAAGGAAUAUUUAGUGACAUUCAUUUGCUGGCUAUGAUGUACAGUGGAGAAAUGUGUUAUUGGGGAUUGAAGCAUUGUGCAGAUCAACAGCCAGAAAAUCAUGAAGUGGAUACUGGUGUUUCUGGAGCAAGCUACACUACACACAAAGAACCUUUGGAUUUCCGAGAAGUAGGAGAAAAAAUUUUGAAAAAGUAUGUAUCUGUGUGCGAAGGACCCCUGAAAGAGCAAGAAUGGAAUACAACAAAUGCAAAACAAAUUUUAAACUUCUUUCAGCAUCACACUAACUAGUAAGUUCAUCUACUUCUUUUCAAACAGGAAAAAAAAAAGGCUCAGGAAAUGGAAGUUCCAGAAAAGAAGACAUAUUGAUACUGAAUUUAGGAACAUUACACUACAUAAAGAUAGCAUGGUUAUUACCCCUUUUUAAAUGCCAUCACCAUCUUUCACUAUAUAUUCUUUUUAUUUAAAAAAAAAAAAAAGAUUUUUUUUGAUGUGGACCAUUUUUAAAGUCUUUACUGAAUUUAUUACAUUAUUGCUUCUGUUUUAUGUUUUGGUUUUUUGGCCGUGAGCCAUGUGGGAUCUUGGCUCCCCGACCAGGGAUCGAACCUGCACCCCCUUCAUUGGAAGGCAGAGUCUUAACCGCUGGACCACCAGGGAAGUCCCUCACUAUAUAUUCUUAAACCUGUGAAGGAAUGAUUCUUUAAUAUCUAAAAUGGCAUUUAUGUUAUUCUAACUCACUCUGAACUACAGAUAUCCUGUAACUAAUACUAAGGAGAAAUCCAAUUUAUCUCUAUAAAGAGUUUUUUUCUAUUA